AUGUCUGGUGGGCUUCCGAAGCAGUUCGGCCGAGGUGGUCCCGGUGGUCAGCGAGUACGCGUGGUCCAGCGGGUUGCUGACAACGCUGUAGUACUGCACAGUCUGCUGCUGGGCAGUGGCCGCGGAGUCUGCAGGGGGAUAGUCGCCCCUGGCCAGACUGAACGUUAUGCCAUGGAUUCUGUAGACGAGGACGUGUCUGCUCGAGUUCUCCUGCAAAGUGUAAUUCAUACGGAGUCCUCCAGGUCCCCAAUUACCCGCAGUGCCUCCCAGGCUCAGUUCCAGUCCCCGGGGUCCAGAGUCAGACGUAGUAUCAGACUAAGGAAGAGUGAUGUUGGGACCCUUACACCACAGGAGGCCCUCAAACAGAGCAUCAAAAAGAAGCUUCAUGAGAGCACUUCCAGGUUUACCCUGCCAGUGCCACCCAGUAAGAGGCGGACUAUAUCAGAGGGAGUCAGGAAGAUAAACACGCCUGCACCAGCCACAGCCUCACUUCUCUAUGAUGAUGACAUCACACCUAGAUACCUACUCAGGGGGAUCCUGCAGACAGAGCCGGAGACAUCCCUUCUGGUUCAGGACCGGCCAGUCAAGAAGGAGCCAGAGCUGCCCUCCACAAACUCCAGUCUUCACAGCAACCGCCCAAGUACAGGGCUGUCUGACUUGGAUUUCCCUGACAUGACCACCACAGUAAACCUGUCAAAUACGGUGAAGGGACUAAGCAGGAAGCGACCACGUCGGAGUCUCAACAUAACAGCAUUCAACAGGCAGCUUGAACAUGAAGAUGGACAGGCUGAAGGUGGCAGUGCAACAGAAAAAGACCUCUCACCCCUGUCUUCUGCCUCUCCAAACUCUAUCACCUUCUCCCUGAAAACACCCUUUGUGGAUGUUCGGACUGAGAAAAGGGGAUUUCAAAGGAAGGUAACAAAUCGUAAAAAAAUUUGCCUUGAGGAGUUUGACGAGGCCCUACAGAAUCGACUGGCGGCGAUGGGUGGAGACUCUGAGCUGAGUGUUAGGGAGGAUCAGCAGGGUCUCAGUGAGACCGUUCGGUCUGAGGGGUUCACCUUGGGACAGAGUGACCUCACCGCUCCUGACAUCACCCAUGACAUCAUCACCAGCAACACAGCGCUCUACUCCCUGCCUGUUGACACAGCAACAACCUUCACUAUCACCACCCAGGACAAAGACACCAUCACAGGAACACAGAUCCAGCGAGAAAUGGGAGGAAUGAAGGAUGAGGAUGAGAAAGUUAUGGAGGAGGUAGGGGAACAAAAUGAGGACAAGAUGGAAUUAGACAACAAAGAUGGAGAGGAUUUGGCUGGUUCUGCUGGGCAGAGAGAGGACUCAGUGAGACAGAAGGUGUCCAAAUCACAGACUGUAGAAGCAGUAGCUGACUCCCAGACAGAAGAGGACGAGGUGGCUGAAUCUCAGACGGCAGAGGACGAGGUGGCUGAAUCUCAGACGGCAGAGGACGAGGUGGCUGAAUCUCAGACGGCAGAGGACGAGGUGGCUGAAUCUCAGACGGCAGAGGACGAGGUGGCUGAAUCUCAGACGGCAGAGGACGAGGUGGCUGAAUCUCAGACGGCAGAGGACGAGGUGGCUGAAUCUCAGACGGCAGAGGACGAGGUGGCUGAAUCUCAGACGGCAGAGGACGAGGUGGCUGAAUCUCAGACGGCAGAGGACGAGGUGGCUGAAUCUCAGACGGCAGAGGACGUAGCAGAUGAAGGGGGACAGGUAGUGGAAGAAGGGCAGGAAAAAAGAUUGAUAUCACAGAGUUUAACACACAAUGCGAUGCACAUCAGUCGGAGAGCUUAUUGCUCAGAGGGUGGCGUCAAGGUUGCUGGAGUGAUUGAAGGAGGGAGGGGCUACAAGAGCAUGGGAGCAGCGCUCUAUCCUACAGAGACUGGGUGGGCAGGCAGAAGGUCAGAGGGGGACACGGCUGGUGAGUGGCACAACGGGCCGGAGGUGGGAGCUAGUGAGAGCGCCCACACACGCACAGUAACCCUUGGCAGCGUCCCUCCCUCCCCGUUGCCCCAGGAAGAUGAGCUGGAAGGUUUGAGUAGAACUGGCACCAGCCUUGGCAAUGAGGAGAUGGAGAACUCCAUGCCUCCUUUAGAGAUUACCUUUGAACCUGAGAACAACGCCCCUCACAGCAGCAACUCAUCCCUGCACCCCAUCACUGCCCAGAGCCCAGCUGAGCAUGAGGAGGACUGGGAUGAUGUGGAAGAGGGGGAUGGUAUCCGGAGUGAAGAGCUGUCCAUGAAGACUCCUGCGUUUGUCAGAGAGAAGAGGAAUGCUCUGCCUAUUGACCCCCUGGCCACACCCACUGUUCUCAAAGACCUUCAACCAAGUGUUUCGGCUGGUGCUGCAGCUGUGGUGAAGCCCAAAGCGGUGAGGGGAAAGCGGACUGGAUCAGCCAAGAAGGAUCCUGGUCUCUCUAAGAGCUACAUCAUGAGCGUGUUCAAACACUUCGCCAAGACCAAGGUGUCUACAGAUGUCUACCCUGUCCUAAAGGAGAUAAUGGAGCGCUACUUUGACCGGCUAGCUGAUGACUUGGAGACGUUUGCUGCUCACGCCAAGAGGAAGACCAUUGAGGUAGAGGACGUAGAGCUGCUGAUGCGGAGACAGGGGUUUGUGACUGACAUUAUGCCAGUAAAUGUGUUGAUUGAGAAAUAUCUCCCAAUGGAAUCCCGAAAGCUCCUCAUUCCCGUGGCAACAAGUGGUAACUACGUCAUUCCCAAACCGAGGAGAAAAUGAUCAGCCUAUACUGAGAAUGAUCAGCCCAAAUGAGGGCUGAUGUUGUAUAUUUGAUUGAAUAUCUAUGAACAGCUGUUCAUUUAUAAUUUGUAGACACUCAAUCAAACACAGCCAGGACAAGACCAUGUAACCUGGUGUAAAUGUGUUGUAUUUGUUUGAAUAUGGCUUUCUUUUAUAUUUGUCGAAUAUUACUGCAAAAUGUUUUAUUUGAUUUAUUCAGUAGUCUGGCAUUUGUACGUGCCUUUGGAUGAGAAAGGAGACUGGAGUUAAAGCCCUGAGGUUAUGAGUGCAUUGGAUUCCAUCAGAGCAACCUGAAAGACACAACCAAUACAAGCACUAUAGUUUGUAGUCACUAAUCUAAUGUCCUCUGUCCUCAUGCUGCCCCCAGUUUUCAAAAUCGACCCAGCUAAUCACAGUACAGUCAGAAUAAAAAAAGCAAUAAUUCAAACUUUCGCAUUCGAUACUUUGGGGUGUAAUCAUUACUCCAAUUCUGUUUCAAAACGUUUUGCAACAAACCAUUUACUCCAAACAGAAAAUGCAUACGACAGUUUCUAUUGGACUAAUUCAGGUAGGCCCGGUUUCGUUCGCCUUGUUUGCUUUCGUUUGGUUCUUGGUAAACGGAGUUUUCAGGCCGUACGCGUCGAACACACCGACUGUGUCAUGCGUUUUGGUGCACUAGAAGUACAUUCAUUUCCAGUGGAACGCUGCAUUUGCCUUACAGCAUUGCGUGUGUAGUAAAUCGAAUGUAUGCAUUAAAUUGUAUGCGUAGAAUGUUUAAUUUUUGUUGCACACAUAUCCAGUAAAAAAAGCGGGAUUCCAUAAUAAAAAGUUGAAUUACA